GCGGGCCGUGAGGGCGCCGGAGGAGUGCGGGGAUUGCUGCGGGCCGGAUGGGUCGUGCAAAGGCAGUAGUCGCCAAUGCCGCGGGAAGGCUCUGAAGUUCCAUCAUGUCCGAAUCCAGGUCUUCAGGAAGGAGAAAAGCCCAGAUCGCUUUGUCACCGAGUGCAAAGAAGAAAAAGAAAGAAGCGGCGAGGAAAGCGAAAGAUAAAGGAACGCCCUCUAUACCUCCGCAGUCCUGCUCUAUUAUUUCGUUAUUCAACAAUGCGCCUCCUGCUAAAGUUAGCUGUCCCGUGUGUGGGCAGCUGGUGCCGAGGUACGGGAUAAACCAGCACAUGGACUGGCUGUGUCGAAGCAGCUGUGCCGGGCUGGGUGCUGCUGCUGCUGGUGGUGAUGGGGGUGCGGCGCUCGGCACCACACAGAGUCUGCCAGGCACACCUGUGAGCUUUAAUUCCAGCCCGUAUUGCUCGGAGCCCUCGCAUCUGAGGACAAGUCCUUCCCAAAGCAGAGUGCUGAAAACAGAAGGCAGGGCAGUGCAGCACGUUAGUCCUUAUUUUAGCAGUCGGGGUCCAGCCGGUGAUGUUUACACUGAGCCCCUGGAGCAAACGGUUAAAGUCGUUUCUUUGGGAAGCUUGUCAUCUAAACUGUCCAGAAGACGUCGCAUCCAGAGGGGAAAACAGAUCAUGUAUAAGGAGAUGGACUCCUCGCCUCCAGCUGCUCACAGCAUGUGUGGCAGUGCUGCAGCACUGGAUGGCAGUGCUGAUGACAUCUGUGCUGGGAGUAGUUCUCAGAAAGAAAACGAGCUUGUUCAGAGAGUGCACCAGGAGCAAAAUCCCUUGGAAGAGUUUGAAUUUCAAACUGAAAUAGACGAAUAUAAUAAGGGAGAUGUUACAGAUGUUGUUCAGGUAUCGUUACCGGCUGAUGGAGUGCUGUUUGGUGCAAGGAACUCCAGAGCGGGAAGUAGAUCUAAAGGCGUGGUGCUCAGUCCCAGUAAUUCUCAAACACCUCUGGCUGUUGGUACCUCAGCAGGGCUGGUCAGCAGUUCAGAGGUUGAGGCACAGCCUCGUGCUCAGCAUGUUCCGUCUUCAGAGAUGGAAGUGGACUGUGGUACGCAAAGCUGCUUUAAUGACGGUGAUGAACAGGUACUUCCUGUGGAAGUUCUUGAAGACUUUAAUUAUGAGUUUAAUCAUAACUUAGCAGAAACUGUGGAAAAGGUGGAUUCUCAAAAUUCUGUUGGUGAUAUUUUAAAUAAAAUAAAUGAGGUUAGCUCUCCUAGUCACCCAUAUUACCUCCGAAACUUUUUAAUGGUGUUGCGAGCAGUGUUGGAGAAUGAAGAUGAUCUGAGACUCUUUGAUGAGCAAGAUAUGAACGUUAUUACUCAGUUCUGCCAAUUAUCAGUUGGUGGGCAGAAGUUAUAUGUGAGACUUUUUCAACGUAAGCUGAACUGGUUAAAAGUGAACAAAAUUGAGUAUGAAGAGAUAGCUAAGGAUUUGUCACCAAUAAUUGAAGAACUGGUUGAAGCCAGAUUUUUGCAAACAGAAUCUGAGCUGGAAGACCUGUGUGAAGGUUUGGAUUUGCUUUCUGCCCCUGAACUAAAAUCUUUAGCAAAGAUCUUUCACUUGCCAAAUCCAAAUGGUCAGAAACAACAACUUGUGGAUGAUUUCCUGAGGUUGGCAAAGCAACGUUCCAUCUUCAGCAGGAAUCAGGCUGGUAUUGGGACUGUUAUUUUAAAAAGGGCAAAGGAUCUGGUGGGAAGAUCAGUCAGAAUAUGUAAAGGCCCUCGAGCUGUCUUUUCUCGAAUCCUGCUGCUAUUUUCCCUGUCUGAAUCAGUGGAGGAUGAAGAAGCUGGCAGUGCUGGUCAAGGGCAGCUCUUCACAGUUCUUAUGGUAAACAUGGGACGUAUGGUGUUCCCCAGUUAUGCUGUGAAUAGGAAAACACAAGUCUUCCAGGACAGAGAGGAUCUUAUCAGGUAUGCAAAUGCUGCUCACCUGUCAAACGAUAUAGCCACUGCAAUGGUAAAUGGGAACUGGGAAGAAGCUCAUCGUCUGUAUGCGUGUGCAAAAGAAACCUGGAACAGUCUGAAAGAUCACCCCUCUUUGAGCAAUCACAGAGUUCUACCCGAGUAUCUGCGACAUUUCACAGUUGGCUGGAAAUACACAAGGAUACUUUCUCAAGGUGUUGAAAUUUUGCAGAGACUUCACAUGUAUGAGGCAGCAGUGCAGGAGCUGCAGGAGCUUUUGGCUCAGGACGUGUAUUGUACCGACAGCAGGGGGCGCUGGUGGGAUCGCCUCGCUCUGAAUUUACAUCAGCACUUGAAAAACACCCCGCAGGCUGUUGACUGCAUUAGGAAUGGACUGGCUGACCCGUUUGUACGGACGGGGCACCGUCUCGCUCUCUACCUGCGGGCUCUACGCAUCAGAGACUCACCAAGCUGCAGGCAGCUCAGAUGCCUUUUUCAUGAUUUGCCAGGCAUAACUGUGGAGGAUGUGACACACGUUACAAUCAAGGGAAAGAUGUGUCCUCAAACAGGAGUGGGAAAAUCUGUGUUUCUAAUGGAGGAUAUCAGUGAUGAAGAAGAAGGAGGCAAAGACUGCAGUGUAUCCACAGUCAUGUGCUCAGUUGAGGAGCUUGCAUUAACUCAUUACAGACAGAAUGGUUUUGAUCAGGGUAUUCAUGGAGAGGGUUCAACGUUUAUUACACUGUAUGGUAUUCUAAUGUGGGAUAUCAUUUUCAUGGAUGGCAUACCUGAUGUCUUCAGAAAUUCCUAUCAGAUGUUCCCCCUGGAUUUGUACACUGACUGCUUCUAUGAGAACAGGAGGGAUGCCAUUGAGGCCAGGCUCCAGCAGCUUCACGGAGCUUCUGUGGAGACUCUGGCAAACUUGAUUGCUGACAUCUGGACCACGCAGGAGGGAAAAGCAGCAGCACUGGUUAGCUGGGGACUUUUUAGUUCCCUCCAGCAGGUUCAGAGCCUUGUCUCUUGCCUUGGAGGAACGUUUCUGAGUGGUGUUUUUAGGCGACUUUCCAAAGAUCUGCGCCACUGCAGAGGGGGGCUUCCUGAUCUGGUGGUGUGGAGUACUCACAGUAAUCACUUCAAGCUCGUAGAAGUGAAAGGCCCCAACGAUCGCCUGUCCCACAAGCAGAUGAUCUGGCUGAGCGAGCUGAAGAAGCUGGGGGCUGCUGUAGAAGUCUGUCACGUACAAGCAGUUGGAGCUAAAAGUAAACGGCUCAGUUGACAAAAGCACAGCAUCCCUGCUUUUCUUGGAGAAAAAAGCCAAAUAGCCCCACCUGUUUUGUUGUUGGAGGAAGUGAAAGAAAAGCACCUGAAAUUCACUCUGGAAAGGUAUGAAUUUUAUUUAGUCUAAUUUACUUCACAUUCACAAGUCAGCAUCAGGAUGUUAUAAUCUUCCUGGCACUGCUACUUUACUCAGUAAAUCAUUAUCAGGCACAAGGGUUUUAGUUUCAAUUGAAAUAGCAAACUCUACACCAUCACAGCAACAGCAUUAGAACCCUACUGCCUAGAGCCACUUGAGGUACAGAUUUCUGUCUCUUCCACUGGAGGCUGCAAAUGUUAGAAAUUUUUGGUUUUAAUGUUUCUUUCCAUCUGAGUGGAAGCCAAAACCUUUGACCCACUUGCUACAUCUUCAUUCCGAGUACAAGGCAGUCAAUAGCAAAGUGGUAUUGCCAGCAUGUGCACACACACACACACAGGUGCAGGCCUGGGUUUACAUGUAACACGCUUUUCAAUGAGUUUCUGGAAUGAAAGGAAUUUCUUUGAUUUUUGGCAGUAAAAACGGGGAAUAAUGUUGUCCUACCACAGUGACCUCUACCUAGCAGUAAUCAGUGACACCACAGGUACACUUAAAUCUUACCAACCUGCAAUUUGUGUUUCACCCCCUGCAAGGUUUACAGUGUAGUUACAAAAAAUAAUGAUUAUAACAGCUGGUACCAGCCAAAAUAGUGCACUUUUCUUUUACAAGAAACAGACAAAAAUAGGAGCUUCUCGGUAGCUUUUCUACUCUUGAAACAACCAAAUGCCAUCAACAGUUUUGUUUUAAAAUGGUGAACAGAAACAGUAAUUUGAGAACGUGUAUACAUAUACACACACACACAUUCAUAUACACACUUGUAUGUUGAUUUUGUACACAGAAAUUAAGUACUUGCACACCAAAACUGCUUCUGAAAGCUAUUAGAAAUGUUCAGAGCAGUCCCUGCUGAUGAUAAGGCAACUGUGUAGAGAGGAGAGUAUUUUGAAAUUAGCUUUUAGUACCUGUGUUUCAAAAGUGAAUUUAAAGAAGGAAAAAAAAAAAAAAAAGCUGUAGAACUUACUGAGAGGGAAGAACCAACAGUCACAGGUGCUCUCAGUCUGCAAACACAAGGCAGCAAACAGGCUCCUCUCCUCCCUCCAUCCUUUCCAUGCAAGUUGGGGAUGUCCUCUGCCUGCCUAACUCUCCUGCUAACUGCUUAUUAAGCAAGUCUGUUAUUUUUUAACAUCCCCUCCCCUAUUAUGUAUGUAUAGUUAUAUGUAUAUCUAUAUACAUAUACCUAUACAUAUAGACUACAAAGACCAUCUGCAGCAUCUGUACCCACUGUUGAACUGAAAGGUAAAAAUUUCUUAAGUCUCAUUACAGUCAACCUCAUUUGUUUAAACACAGCACCCAUUUUUCCCCAGCAGGCAUCGGCCUAAAUACUGUGUGUUGUAUUCUACCAGCUCCCUGUUUGAGUAAUUAUUUUUUUUUAAUACAUUUUAGGUUCUUUUAAGCCAAACAAGUUACACCUUUAAGGACAAAAAAAGACACCAUAGUUCUAAUUGUAAUUUAAGGAGAAAAAAAAAAAAAAGAGGAAAAA